CUUCCUCCGGUCGUCCCUACCGCCGCACCCGACGAUCCGUCCGCCGAGGCAUACCGCCGUCGCCACGAGAUCACCGUCAUCGGGGAUAACGUGCCUGCUCCAAUAACUGCGUUUGAUUCUGGUGUCAUCCCGUCCGAUAUACUCAAGGAGGUAUGCAUAAGCUUGGUGAUGAAUCAUCACCCCCGGUCUAACACUAACCCAAACGGAGUUGAAUGCAAAGGAUUGAGGUGUCCCAGCUCGUCAAGCAUGCUGGAUCAUGGAGAUGCGCUCCAGCUGCACGCUUCUUUAUCUUUAUCUGUCUGAUUGUGCUAAAUCAGGGCCGCCUGCGAGGCAAUUACUCAUCUACAUCUCUGUGGCAGAUGCGAUAUUUGCUCCAAGGUGGAGCUAAUGUCGCACCCUGCUUCGUGCGCCCUCUGCCAAUCUAUUAUUUUGGCGGGCUGAGGGCCGGUAUCGUUCAUGGAGCUGCCAAGGGUGGGUGAACACCUGAGGCCGCUUGCUCCCUUCCAGGGGGGCUGCCCAUGGUCUAAAUGGCCACUCACGUCGGCUGAUGCUGAUUCAUUGCUCUGCGUCCAAUUCUUGGGAAAGGCUCCUCGCUUGGAUCGCGGGCCUCUUCUGGGGCCUUCGGAGGUCUCACCCAGGCUGCCAGUGUCCAGAUAUAGGACCACUUGGCAGCUGCUGGAAGGGGCCCGAGGAUGAACGAUCCAUGGCUGAGCGAGCCUAUCUCCAGGGAUUCUAUACAACGUGCUGGAUUCCCAAGUCCGACACCAAUCCAAGCCCAGUCAUGGCCAAUUGCCCUGCAGAAUCAAGAUGUUGUAGCUAUUGCAAAGACAGGAUCUGGAAAAACUCUUGGUUAUUUGCUUCCUGGAUUUAUGCAUAUUAAGCGUCUGCAGAACAGCACAAGGUCCGGCCCUACAGUGUUAGUUUUGGCGCCUACCAGAGAGCUUGCGACACAGAUUUUGGAAGAAGCUGUGAAAUUUGGCAGAUCAUCCAGAAUUUCUAGCACGUGCCUUUACGGUGGCGCCCCUAAAGGUCCCCAGUUAAGAGAUUUAGAAAGAGGGGUUGAUGUUGUUGUUGCAACACCUGGAAGGCUGAACGACAUUCUGGAAAUGCGGAAGAUAAGCCUAAAGCAGGUUUCAUACCUUGUUCUAGAUGAGGCUGACCGCAUGUUGGACAUGGGGUUUGAACCACAAAUAAGAAAGAUAGUGAAAGACAUACCUUCUAGUCGGCAAACUCUUAUGUACACUGCUACUUGGCCUAAGGAAGUCCGUAGAAUAGCGGAUGAGCUUCUUGUUCACCCUGUCCAAGUGACCAUUGGAAGUGUUGAUGAGCUUGUUGCUAAUAAAGCUAUUACUCAGCAUGUGGAGGUGAUCACUCCCUCAGAGAAGCUUCGACGUUUGGAGCAAAUACUGCGAUCCCAUGAUUCAGGUUCAAAGAUACUAAUAUUCUGUACAACCAAGAGAAUGUGUGACCAACUCUCAAGGACACUCAAUAGGCAUUUUGGAGCUGCUGCCAUUCAUGGUGACAAGUCCCAAAAUGAAAGAGAGAAGGUUCUGAGUCAAUUUCGAUCUGGACGGUCUCCUAUUUUGGUGGCAACAGACGUUGCGGCACGAGGGUUAGACAUCAAAGAUAUCAGGGUUGUGAUCAACUAUGACUUCCCCACUGGUGUUGAAGAUUAUGUUCACAGGAUUGGCAGGACAGGCAGGGCUGGUGCCACUGGUUUGGCCUAUACAUUUUUAUGUGAUCAAGAUGCAAAAUAUGCUGCUGAUCUUAUUAAAAUUCUGGAAGGGGCAGAUCAAGAUGUUCCUCGUGAACUAAUGGACAUGGUUUCUCGGGGUGGGCGUGGUAGGAAGCGCAACAAAUGGGCAACUCGCUCCGAAAGGGGUGGUGGUUCACGCUCUGAACUGGAUUCAUCAAGGUAUAGUGGGAGAUUAGAGAGCAGUCGCAGUGGCCGUGGAAAGGAUGAUUACAGUGGCCGUGGCAGGCAUGAUUAUGGUGGAUCGGAUGGACGAUCGCGCAGGUCUGGUAGAGGUCGCAGCAGAAGCCGUAGCAGGAGUGAUAGUGAUAGACGCAGCCCAAGUCCUAAGAGGCGCCGCCAUGACGGGCUGAAGAGUCGUAGCAGGACUAGAAGUAGGAGCCGAAGCAGGAGCAGAAGCAGAAGCAGGAGUUACACUAGGAACCGCCGUGCUAGCCGCAGCAGGAGUCGUAGCCCUGCUGCUAGACAUCGGACUGAAAGAAGAGAUGGUUCUGCAACUGCACGUCCUGACUCUGGGCACCGUGUGGAGCACAAAACCUCACCCAGAGUUCAUCCCUCAAAUGACCAUACAAAGCACUCUGGCUCACCCAAAGUUCACCCUUCAAAUGACCAUACAAACCAUUCUGACCAGAAAGAUGACUAUCACCUGGAGGAUGGGAAGAUGGGGAAGGUUGAUCUUGAUCGCUCCCCCAGUCCACAGGAUGACAAGUCUGCUCCAUAUAGUCCUGUGUAUAGCAAAGGCAAGGACUCAAUGAGCCCUAUUGGUCAGCCAGUGGUGGAAGCCAAAGCUGUUGAGGUCUCUCAGAAGCCUGAUCCCGCAUCACCACCUCAUCGCAGCAAGAACAGAGAUGAUGAAGAGGAAGGCAUUAUAGAUGAAGAGGGAGAGGAAGGUAUGAUAGCUGAUGAUGAUCCUCGGGCAAGUGCAGCUGUGCAAAACGGUGGUGAGAAGUGAUUGUGUUGUCAACUGGAUAAUCUGUAGCAGCUGGCAUCUGCAGUGAUGCUUGAUGAAGUGCCCUCCCUAUGUAGGUGUUGGAAUUUGCAAUCUACAAACAAUCUGGUUUUAAGACUUUUUGUGAUUGAAUUGUUGUUUUGUUAUAAUAUUGAUCAUGUCACAUUUCAAGGUUGUAUGCUGAUAGCCAUGCCAUUUGUAAACCAGGGCCAUUUAUAAGCAAGGAGUUUCGGAUGCAAGUCAUGCAAUGUUUACAUGUCGAA